AUGGAGAAGAAAGCAGUAGCCGCAUUGUCCUUCCUCUUCCUCGUUCUCUUUGUUGCACAAGAAAUAGCGGUGAGUGAGGCAAAAACUUGUGAGAAUUUGUCUGGCACAUUCAAGGGACCAUGCAUCCCAGACGGUAACUGUAACAAACAUUGCAAGAACAACGAGCACUUACUUAGUGGGAGGUGCAGGGAUGAUUUUCGCUGCUGGUGCACUCGAAAAUGUUAA